AUGAGGAAGCCCCAUUUUUUUGUGAGAAAUGUAACAAAACGUUUCCAGAAAGAAAGAUUUCUCACACCACGGCAUAUAAGAGUUGUUCACAGUGGAGAAGGCAGCUUCAACUGUAACCAGUGUGGACGUUCCUUCAAAUGUGCUUCCAGUUUGGAGUUGCACUACACUUUGCACACUGGCAACAAGCCAUAUGCAUGUAAAAUAUGUGACAAGACGUUUGUGUACAAGAGCACAUACACACUGCACAUGAAGGGCCACAGUGCGGAUGAUAUGUUCAGUUGUGAGUUGUGUCCAAGCGAUGCGACCAGCAAGGGAGAGUUGCGCCGUCGCUGCCACACCAUCACUCAGACGCUCGGCCCUGGCUGUGUACC